AUGUCGCCCAACCUCAUCAUACCCUUCCGCAUCCGCGGCUACAACCUGAGACAGGAGAAUCUCAUACCAAAAUACAUCAUGCUGUGCAGCGUAUGCAUUGAUGUGCUCGAGCACCGCAAAGGCUCAUCUGCUCUUGCUGCUUGCGAAAUUUGCUAUCCUAUUUGGUGUCAGAUCGAUGACACCACCAGAAGUCGGUUGAGGGAGGUCGAUGUCCAGCGGACAUCCCAGCACAAAUCGACGUCCAGAGGGCCUGAUGAUUUGCUGAAUCCAUUGGAAGCCCUUGACAGCCACGUAUCGGAUUGCUGGAUUCUCAACGUGAUCAAGAAUACUGAUAAGCAGUCCAUGGACAGCGACCUCCUGAUCUCCGUAUCAUUCAAGGCAGCCUGCGUCGAAGAAAUUCCAGCUUUGAAGCCUGUGCAUGGGAGUUACUGGAUUGCAAGGGGUCCUGGAAGAGAGAAGGUAAAAAUGACAUCCUUCUCGAGCUACAGUACAGACUCUGAAGAGUCGUGGAAUCGAGCUACGACUUGGAUCCGGCGAUGCAAAUCGAGCCACUCGGCUUGCAACGUCGAGACCAAUGCUGGGCCAUGGUUUCCAACACGCCUCUUGGACCUGGCCCAUCCAAACGCACCUCUGGACACUUGCCGAGUGGUCGUGACGGCAGACCUCGACUUGGACCAAUCCGAACGAUAUAUGACACUAAGUCACUGUUGGGGCACUGCAAAGUUCCUCCAGCUGAACAAGUCUUCGUUGGCCGACCUCGGACAGGGCGUGAAUCUGGACAGAUUGCCAAAGACCUUCCAUGAGGCCAUUCAAGUGACUCGAAAACUCGGUGUCCGCUUCUUAUGGAUCGACUCACUGUGCAUCAUGCAGGACCGGGACGACCAGUCGGACUGGCUCCUCGAGGCGGCGCAGAUGCACAAGGUAUAUUCACACUCCUUUUGCAACAUCUCUGCCGCACGAGCAGUUGAUAGCUCAGACGGUCUUUUUUCCCGUCGCGAUCCCCGCCUCAGUCACAACAGUGACGUUCGCAUCUGCGUCGAAGGGCUCGGGGUCUCGGCCGAGUCAGACUAUGUGCAUGGCACCAUUGUAGACUCCAACUUCUGGCGUUGCGGUGUCAGCAAAUGUCCACUGAACACACGAGGAUGGGUACUGCAGGAGCGUCUACUGUCGCCUCGAGUUCUGCACUUCGCCAGGGAUCAGUUGUUCUGGGAAUGCAGGGAGCAAUCCGCAGCAGAGUGCUAUCCGGACUCGCUCCCGCCACCAAUUCGUGAUGAUGUCCUGGCGAAUUUCAAGGGGCUUGACCCGGCCUGGCGCAGUAACUCUUCGCAAACGUACGGGCAUGCAUCUGACGACUUGGCGUUCUACCAGAGGAUCUGGAACUCCAUUGUGGAGACGUAUUCCGCAACACGCCUAACCUUUGAGUCUGACAAGCUGAUUGCUCUUUCGGGUGUUGCCAGAUACUUUGCGUCACUGAUGGACGAUGUCUAUGUUGUCGGUAUGUGGCGCAAAGGACUGGCGGCCGGCUUGUUGUGGUAUAUCGCCGAGAGAGAACAAACAUAUGGAACACCACCAAGACGUCCAGAGGCUUCAGUGGACGGGAUCGUCAGCUAUCAUCGAUCAGGUGGCACAAAUCUGCUAUUCAAGGUACUCAACUUCCAUCUAGAUUACGUCUCCGCGGACACGACCGGCCCUGUCACGGGGGGAUUUCUCGACCUCGAAGGCGAGAUCAGACCCUUGGAGAUAACCGCCAACAAUAACUUUGGGUACCAGCAACUCUUCUUAGUAGUCGAUGGUGUCACCGUCAAGGAUCCCGAUUCACACCGGUACGCCAGUCCUGUGGUACACCUGGACGUUGGCCAGCAGAAGUUCGACGUAGAGAACUCCAGGAAGGCGCUUCACUACAUGCCCGCCGAGAGGCAGACGUCCAUGAACGAUUAUGUGUCAUUUCUACUCCUGCUCGCUGUUGACACGAGCAUGACCACAUUUGGGAGGAUCGGAUUGGCCGUCACGAGCAAUGCUGUAGAGAUUGCGAUGCUCAGCAAGGCCGCCCUCUACCAGGCUCCAGAAAUACAAGUUGCGGACGAGGGCGAGACAGAGCUCCGCACAAUCAGGAUAGUCUGAGCUUCCAAUCACAUCUCCUCAACUGCCGUUGCUGCUUCGGGUUUCUGGCUGCCUCAUGCCUGCCCACAUUUUGGACAGGCCAACGCAGCAAGCUUCGGU